ACAUUCCCACGGAUUCACACGGUUAAUUGUGCCUUCUGAUUGAUCCUCGCAUUGCACAUGACAUUUUCCACCCUUUGGCUAUUCGAGUUCAUGUCAAUAAACGGAAACCUCUUACCAAACAGCUGCUUGUUGUUUUUUAUGGAUCUCUUACGAUCGUUAUGAACGCUAAUUUCAUGGAGCUUAAGCUUAAUUAACUUUGAAGAGAAGCCAAUUAUUUCUUUGUUUUAGAAACAAUUACAAAACCUUCUACAAUUCGUCACAUAGCACUUAACCUCAUAUAAAACGAGGAUAGAAAAGGCUGAACGGUAGUUACCGUGUGGUACAAUCUUAACUUCAGUUAUACUUUGAUAGUGAUACGAUCCAAGAUGUUUGGCUUAGGGGUGUUGAUGCUAGCGCUAGCUACUGUGCACUGUAUUCCAAACUUUACGUUCGAUAGUGACGCUACUGCGGGCAACCUGGAACUGGACUUUACAUAUGAUGAAAAUGCCAUUGACGAUUACUACCCACUUGACGGUUUCUUGUCAUUUGACAGAGCCAAUGAAUGGCUAACCAUUUUAAUUAACAAAUAUCCUAGCAAUAUCACGACCAAGCCGCUCGACAGAUCGCACGAAGGACGAAGCAUCAGAGCCGUCUACAUCAAUAGGCAGCAAGAGAAGAAAAUCAUCGUAGUAGCGAACUUGCAUGCCCGUGAGUGGGCCGCUACAUCCUCGGCCAUCUACAUCAUCCAUGAGCUGAUUUAUCAUGCCAACAAGUACCCAGAAGCGUUCCAGUUUCAAUGGAUCGUUGUGCCGAUAGCGAAUCCGGACGGCUACGAGUAUACCACGACCACAGACCGCCUCUGGCGCAAAAACCGCAAUAGUCCUCUCGGCAUUGAUCUCAACCGCAACUUUGGCUACAAGUGGGAGGUGGAGGUAAACCCCGACGAUAAAAAUCCCGAAGGAGACACGUACCGCGGACCGUCGGCGUUUUCCGAACAGGAGAGUAAAGCAAUAGGGAAUCUUCUGAAGGAACAUGCACAGACAACGAUGCUGUACGUCGAUCUCCACACAUUCGGUGAGACUAUCCUGUAUCCGUGGAGCUUUAUGGACGAGGCGGCACCGAAUGCGGCCUGGAGCAGAUCCGUUGCCGAGGAAGGGGCGCGUGGUAUCCUCUUGCGGUCGGGUAAAACCUAUCAGGUUGGUACCCCUGCCGAGCGCUCGUUCAAAGAGUCUGGAUCCAGUAUAGACUACUGCUUUAGUCUUAACAUUAAAGCAUGUAUUGCGGUCGAGCUGACAGCGGGAUCAUACGAACUUCAGAACAGCACCAUCCCGCUGGCCGGCCAGGAAGCGCUAGCUGCAGUGCUCGCGAUGGCUGUUUAUGCAAACGCUGGGAAUUCGCCGCUCUAAAUCGAGCUCUUUCUUAUAUCGCUCGUGCUUAGUUUGUUAUUUAUAACUUAUUAUAAUAAAUAUUAUAAAAAUAUUGCAUAAACGUAUGAUCUAAACCAGGCGCCUCCAAACUUUUCAGCUCGCGGGCCGCAUUGCUUCAAAAAUAACUAUGUUGAGGGCCAUUUGACGCU